AUGCAGUCCAAAGCUCUCGCUGCUCUUCUUCUUCUGGCUCCGGCCCUGGCCAUGCCCCAAGCUAGUUCCGUGGCCUCCUCCAACUCUUCUGGCUUCGAAUCUUCUGGCUUCGAAUCUUCUGGCUCUGAAUCUUCAGGCUCUUCUGAGUCCUCCGGCUCUUCGGAUACUACGGACACCGUUUCGGUCCCCUCACUUCCCACUGAUUUCGUCAGUGUCCUAGAAACGGCUGUCCCAACUGCUUGGGAGUAUGAGAUGAUGAACUCUGCCUCUAUGGCUGCAGUUGUCAGUGCCGCUGCAGAAGGGAUCUACCCAGCCUGGUACAAUGACCUGCCAGGCAGUAUCAAAGCUAUUGUUACUUCCCUUGGCGGGUUUGACGAGGUCAUGGUUGGUGAGACUGGCUCGAUGACUGUGGCUAUGAGCACCAGCUCUUCCGGGCCUUCUUUUGAACCUACAGUGACUACCACUGCUGCCAGCUCAUCUGGUUCAGUUGUUAUGGAGACUCAGGCUCCCGCUACUUCGAGCAUGGCUUCCAGCUCCAAGUCGAGUGCUCCUGCAUCUGCGAGCUCGACUGGUGGUGCACCAAUGGCUACUGGCGCCAUCACUAUGGGUGUCGCUGGUGCCGCUGGUCUGUUGGGUCUUGCUCUUGCCCUAUAG